AUGCCUGACUUGGCUGCGGUUCCGCCCGACAUAGCUUUCAUCACAGGGCCGACGUUGUAUUAUUAUCAAACACAUUACUCUGGCGACCAUCGUCGAAUUAAAGCUCUCGUUUACGGUCUCGCUGUUCUGGAAUGUCUUCAGACUUGUAUGGUCACUGCAGACGCCUUCCAUUGGUUUGUCUUUGGCUACGCCAAUCUGGCUCAACUCGACGACACUUUCCUCAACUCCUGGGAUGUACCGCUUCUCGACGCGAUCAUCGCACUCAUCGUGCAGGCCUUCUACUGCUGGAGAAUUCACGUGCUACAAAGAGGCGCCCUUGUGCUCCCCUGCGCGAUCAUGGUCGUUUCGCUAGCCCAAUGCGGUGCCGGGAUCGCAGUCGCUGUGCAGGCGAAUCAGUUGGGGAAGCUCUCGCUCAUAGGCGAGAACGAGAUACCUCAGGCAAUAUGGCUGUCCGGAAGCGCUCUGGCGGACAUCAUGAUCACUGCCUCCCUCGCCUGGAUUUUGCUCCGGAAGCGUGCACGCCAGACUGGGGUAUACCGCAAGCUCGUCAAUCGCGUUGUAGCGGUUACGGUGGAGACGAACUCACUGACAGCUGGGGUUGCUAUCAUCGCCCUCGUUCUCUUCCUCGCCGUUCCUGCUCAUACCGCCCUCGUUGUUCCACCAACCGCCAUCAUGGGCAAGCUCUACACCAAUUGCCUCGUCGCCGUGCUCAACAACCGCCAACGACGCAACAGCUCAAACGGCGAGCGAGCCACGUCCGUCCGUCUCAGCGACAUUCCGUCCGUCCGCCUUAGCGACGUCCCCAAGGAUCGCUGGAAUGCUUCCCGCAGUGACUCGGGCGCGAUCUGUGUCUCCGUCGUACGCGAUGUAGACGUGCAGGAUGCGAAGCCGGUGCACGAUGCGACGCAAGCGUCUAUGCCGCGUCGGCUCGAGCCACUGCGUCCGAAGAGCAGGAAGCAGAGUACACCGAGCGUACCGGCGAAUUGGGGCGUGCAGAGGCCCGAAUCAGUCUACGAUGCUCAUGAUCGACUCGCCUAA